AUGGGUAACACUCAGGGCAAGAUCUCCACAAAAAGCCCCUUUGGAUGUGUCUUAGCACACUGGAGGGAUCUUAAUGGAACGAGGGGAACAGAGAAUAAGAGAACCCUUAUAAAAUAUUGUAAUCAGUGGUGGCCGCUUUGUAAGCUCGAAGAUGGGGCUAAAUGGCCACUUAAUGGAACAAUUGACUAUAAUACAAUCUUACAGCUAAUGUUAUUCUUAAGGCGAGAGGGAAAAUGGGAUGAGGUCUCAUACACAGAUAUGUUCUUUACCCUUCGCAAUCACCCAGAAUGGCAAAGGAACUGUGGAAUGGUACCACCACAGGACCCAUUGAUGCUUGCCCUAGAGCGGGAACGUGGUAAAGGAAAUAUAAAACGUUGCUGUUCAGCCUGCAGCACAGGACAGAGAUGCACUAGGGCUGAUAAGAUUCACCAAAUGCCAGAGCCAGAACUGAACAAUCUGUACAGGCCUCCCACCGAAACCAAAGAAUUGGACGAGGAAUCGAAUAAUAUUGGCCUUCCUUUUCCUCCGCCACCUCUGGAGCCCAGUAGUCCUGUUGCCUCCCAUAUUAGGAGCAAAACUACCCCCACUAUAAUACAGGCACUUUUAAGAGAGGCAUUGGAAGGAAGAAUGUUACUGAGGGUUACUUUCGCUACCGCUGACUUAGAAGCAUGGAAGCGAGUAGCCGGGGAAUACCAGAGUGAUCCAGUGAGUGUCGCUAAACACUUUCGGUUCAUUGGUAAACAGCAUAAUCCAGAUUGGCAAAACAUACAACUGUUGCUGGAGCAUUUAACUGAAACAGAAAAACAGCAGUUUUUAAAAGUAGCCAGUGAUUUGGCCGAGGACCACUAUAAAACAGUAGGAGGGGAUAUUAAAGAAUAUUUUCCUCUCCAAGAGCCAAGAUGGGAUCCUGACAGAGAUGCCCAUUUAGAAAGGCUAAAAGUGGAUUACGAAGGGGAUGGAGAGGGCUAUUCCUAA